AUUGAAACAGCCUACUGGUCGGACAGAGUUGGGUUCGCUCGUCUCGCCUCUGACAUCAAGAGGCAACACGUCUUUGGUUACUCAUUUAGAUAACGGCGGUUUCACCCUUACAGUCACGCACUCCGUACGGGUUGUUGUUUUAAUAGGCUACGAAGCGAACAUGUCGAGCAACAAGAAUUCCAACACUGGGCUAAAGCGGUCUAGAAAUGACACAGGAAACAAAGUUAGCGUUGUGCUUGGCGCUCAAUGGGGUGAUGAAGGAAAAGGGAAAGUGGUCGACCUUUUGGCCACGGAGUCGGACAUUAUUUGCAGAUGUCAGGGAGGUAACAAUGCUGGCCACACAGUGGUGGUGGAUGGUACAGAAUAUGACUUCCACCUUCUCCCCAGUGGGAUCAUUAACACAAAAGCUACAUCCCUGAUUGGCAACGGAGUGGUCAUUCAUCUUCCAGGGUUGUUUGAGGAAGGAGAUAAAAAUGAAAAGAAAGGCCUCACAAACUGGCAGAAGCGAUUGGUGAUCUCGGACAGGGCGCACAUUGUGUUCGACUUCCACCAGGAAGUAGACGGGCUACAGGAAAUUCAGAGACAAGCUCAGGAAGGAAAAAAUAUUGGCACAACAAAGAAAGGCAUCGGACCCACUUAUGCCAGUAAAGCAUCCCGUACGGGGCUGCGCAUCUGUGACCUGCUAGCUGACUUCAAAGACUUCUCUGCCAGGUUCAAAAUACUCGCCCAGCAGUACCAGUCCAUGUUCCCAACGCUGGAGAUUGACAUUGAGGGACAGCUUAAAAAAUUGCGGGAGUAUGCUGAGAGGAUAAGGCCCAUGGUGAGAGAUGGUGUCUAUUUCAUGUACGAAGCUAUUCACGGACCACCAAAGACAAUCCUGGUGGAGGGGGCAAAUGCUGCCCUGCUUGACAUUGACUUUGGUACGUACCCAUUUGUGACCUCAUCAAACUGCACCGUGGGUGGUGUGUGCACCGGGCUGGGCAUCCCCCCUCUGAGUAUCAGUGACGUGUACGGUGUGGUGAAGGCCUACACUACCAGGGUUGGCAUCGGGGCAUUCCCCACCGAGCAACUCAAUGAAGUUGGUGAACUGCUGCAGACCCGGGGUCACGAAGUGGGUGUGACAACUGGGAGGAAGCGGCGCUGUGGUUGGCUGGAUCUGGUCAUCCUGCGCUACGCCAACAUGAUCAAUGGCUUCACUGCGUUUGCUUUAACCAAACUGGAUAUCCUAGAUGUGCUGGAUGAAAUUAAAGUGGGUAUGGCUUACAAACUCAAUGGCAAAACUAUCCCCUAUUUCCCAGCAAACAUGGAUGUUCUCCAGAAGGUGGAGGUGGAAUAUGAAAAACUUCCAGGCUGGAGGAGUGACACCUCAGGCUGCAGGAAGUGGGAUGACCUUCCUCCCAAGGCUCAGAACUACAUCCGCUUUGUAGAGAACCAGGUUGGCGUGCCCAUCAAAUGGGUCGGAGUUGGCAAGUCCAGGGAGUCUAUGAUCCAGAUGUUUUAGCAGACACCAACGUCUCUCUCCUUCUCUCCACAAGGAAGGAUUAAGAUGCUCAUGAUUUUAGAUGACAUUCUUAGUUUUCCCUUAGCCCAAACCCUGACUUUCUUGUUCACACUGCACCCCCAAAAUAAAUUGCCUCUACUGCAGCUCCAUUUUGUAAGUGUCUAUCACAUGUUACUUGUCACGGCCACAGCCGUGCCCCCUUGUUUUCGGUUUUGCCCUGCCCUAGUGUUUCCCUGUGUCUGUCAUUGUCUCGUUGUGUCUCGUUCAGUGGUUUCAGUUCUCGUUUGUCUCAUCAUGUCCACCUGUGUCUUGUUUGGUUCUGUGUAUUUAGGUUCCUGUUUUGGGUCCAGUCUUUGUCUUGUCCUUAUCCU